CUGCCCGCCAACUUGAAUGUUGGUUAUCAGCAGGAAGGAUUUCGCUCUUGCUGUGUCUGAGCCAAUUGAUCCAGUAGCUUGGUCGUGAGAAGGAGCAUUAGUGUGAGUGGUCUCAAGCGUCACCAUCUCUGUCGCGUCAACUCCAUCACUGCUUUGUCGCUUUAUCAUGGCAGGCACCAUCCAGCCCAUAGCCGCACUCACGGCCGAGGAUCACGGCCCAAUCAAUACAAUUGUCUCCAUCGUUCUUCCAGUUACAAGCAUACUCAUCGCAACGGUACGCAUGGCAAUGCGGCGGCAAAAGUUCUAUCGGUUCGAGUCUGAUGAUCUUGUAUUUGGUGCAGGACUCUGUUUUAGUGUCUUCACGUCCAUCUUGUCUCACUUCUGCGUCCGAGCAGGACUUGGAAGACACCAGGAAACGCUUGACGAAAAGCAAGUAGCUCAUUAUUUUAAGCUUUUCUGGACCGCACAAAUCUCGGUUGUCAUAGCUCUCGCUUUUGCUAAAUUAUCCCUCGUUGUCCUAUUCCAACGCAUCGCUCCAAACGAAGUUGGCCUUCAAGCCGUCAGAUGGCUCAUGCCCAUGGUCGCUGUGUACACGCUACUCUCUUUGUUUUUGAUCGCGUUUCAAUGCCAACUACCACAGCCUUGGAUACUUAGUCCGAGAAGUUGCUCUACACAUGGCAACGUGUACUAUCCGACUACAAUUUUUAACAUGUUGACCGACGCUGUGCUUGCUAUAUGGAUCUUUCCAGUCAUUCGCGGUGUGCAAAUGAAAGCACAUACCAAGUCUAUUGUGUUUUGGCUCUUCGGAUCGCGUUUACUCAUUUGCGUCGUGGAUAUUGGGCGAAUGGUAGUCAUCCACGAAGCUCUUCAGCUAGAGGAUCAAACACGAUCGCAACUGAUGUGGGCCAUAAUGGACCAAAUCGUUGUUCACAUUUCGAUCAAUCACGCUACACUACCACGUAUCCAGACUUUCCUCUCACAUCUACAAAUCGGUGGUAUGGGCACGAAUAUGGGAGCAAGUCGGAGUGGUAUACGGACGACGUCCAAAGGCAGAAGCAGCGCCACCAAAACUACCCAGGAGCACUCGAAAGUGGGGCGGACCUCCGCUAAAGCUUGGAACUCGUUGUGCAACCUUCUCACUGGGAGCCCCAACAGGGCGCCUAGCAUAUCUGAAGAGCCUCUCAGGCAGCAGCACCAAGGCAUUGAGCUAUCCACAAUUGUAUACCCCGGGAAAGGCGAGGCUAAACAAAGGAAUGUGGAGCAGAGUCGAUCAGCAGCGACAUCGUUAUCGAGCUCUAGAGAGGGCUUGACUAGAGAAGACAUUACAGGCUCACUAGGGGGUGUGAGGGUACAAAAGGAGUUUCAUGUGGUCUAUGACUAGAUGUGAUAUGCAGCCUUAGUGAUGCGUUCUAAAAGGCUCUCGUAUCAUAUGCAUUUAUACAAACGUCACAAUCUUUCUGACCGCU